AUGCCGGGAGAAGGCCUCCGAGGCCCUUGCAGGGCCGCGCGCGCGGACGCUCACCACUCGGCAGGCGUCUCUGCGUCUCCUUUCUUGGGGCGCCGCUGCGUCGAGCCACUCCCCGCUGGGACCUUCCCGUCCCCCGCCUCUCACUCCAAGGCGAUCCGCGCCUCGCCUGGCCACGCCGAGACCCAGUCGCUUCUGUCCUCUCUGUCGUUCUUCCACAUGUUCUUCGGACCAGAGGAGGCGAGCGAGACGAGGCGCGACGGCGUCCACGUGCGCACGCCGCCGAGUCACGCCAAGCCCUCGGAUGUCGAGGCGCCUAGGUCUUUGCUGUCCUUUCUGGAUGUGCCGUCGCUGUUUGCGUUGCCGCCGGCUCACGAGCGCCGCCCGUCGGGUGGGAGUCCGACGAUCGCCGCGGCGCCUGCGAGGCAUCCCGACGCCAGCGAGGGCCGAAGCUGGCUUUCGCUUCCUAAAGUUGCGCCGUUAUUUCCCGACUUGCCUCGGCGCCGCGGCUCGACGUCAUCGGUGCAGAGUGAGAGUGAAGAUGCGGCGUCGUCUGGAGGGCCUCUCUCUGCACGCCGACCUGGGUCCGAACGUGGGGGGGGCGCCGUGGCCUCCCCGGCUUCGUCCUUCUCCAGCGUGUCGUCCGCCGGUUCGUCUCCCCUUCCCGAGCGACUCAACUUAUACACGAGCUCCGAGGAGCUACUGGAGGACAGCGCGGAUGAGGCAACGCGGGCAGAGACUAAGACCCCACAGGACAAGGCGUUCUUCACCCCCUCUCCUGCGCGCCCGGGGUCGUCCUUCCACAGACGCAGUGACAGGUUUUUCCUUUCUCCGUCGCAGGCUGCGGGCGCCUCGCCAGAGGGUUCCUCGAAUGCCCACCGCGCCCCUCGCAUGUCUCAGCCUAACUGGCACGUCGUUAGAAGUCCACCUGAAGGCGGCGCCCGCCAGGCCUUCAGUUCCCCGCGAGGGUCUCCGUUCCUGGCAGCCGCGCCCGUGCCCCCUCAGACGCUUCGGGCGGCCGCCGAGCCCGCGCGAAGAUCUCUCGAGAGGCUCGAUUGCCCUGCGCGGACAGCCGCAUCCCGGAACGGAAUUCGAACCACCUUCUCGCCGCCGCUCACGAGACGUGAAGCACAGACAAGGACCGCAAGCAACGGGGCGGCGGUGGCGGGUGGCACGGGAGAGCAGAAGACCUCUUUUCGGGAUCACCAGGGGGGUUCCACCGCGUCCAAAAAGAUAUCGCGAAUCGUCUCGCGCGGUCCCGCCCGCGCGACCGCCACCGGGAUCAGGCGGUCGGAGACAGGGCGGGGGUCUCGCGGAGGGCGGAUGAGCGCGACGUUCCUUCCCAGGCAGUCCACGUUGUAUGCGCUUCACGCGCCCCAGCCCCCGGCCGUCGGCGGGUCGCCUGGGGCUCCAAAGAAGAGCCUGUCGGCCUCGGAGACCCGCGCGCUCGCCCACUCGCAGUGGCUACUCCCCGGCGGUCGCAUCACACCGACAUCGACCCCGUGGGAGGGCGGCACCGCCCCGCUGGAGGGCGACGUCCACGCGUCAGCCUUCCGCCCCCCCCCGCACGCCGUGGUCACGGAGAAGCAUCCCCAACUGGGACGACGCAGGCCUUCCUCGACGCUCCCUCACCGAGAGGACGUGCUUGGCGGCAGCGACAAGAAUGCUCCCUGUGGGUCAGCCCACGGCGUAGUUGGCCAGCAGCGAGUGCUACCGGCGUCUGUUAGUGGAGGCUUGAGCGAAGUCAUGAAAAACAGUGAAGCCAAGCGUGAGAGGGGCGAUGGAGACGAGGCGGAGGAGCGCAAGCGAGCAAGUCUUCCGGCUUCCCCUGUGUCCAGGGCAUCGGAUUUCAGCCGAACAACGAAAGUGUCUGAAGUCUCGGUUGAAGAGACCAUGGCGGAAGUGGAGCGCUUGCUGAAAGAAAGCGAAGAACGUCGAGCGAAGGCCAUCCACGGAGCGCUCCAAGACCAUGCUGGCAGUAGGCGUUUGGAGCCUGGACAAGCACCAACAGCAAAUGUGCGCAUGCACAGAUCGUUCACAGGCCUGGGGAACGACUCUCGCUCGCCCCUCUCGUUCUGGGCGGCUGGAUCGCGCUCUGUGGAGAUUCCGCGCCUGCCGCUUGGCGCCCAGGACGCGUCGUCUGUACCUUCGCCGCCUUUGUGGCUCAUUUGCGCGAAGCCGUUCUCGGCGAAGAAGCUGCCAAUGGGGGCGCCUCCUCCGGUCGGGCACCAGGCGGUCUCGCCGCCGCCCCCGGCUUGCAGCCCUGUGUCCCCGAGUCCCCUCGUGCAGACCUGCCUGGUCGCGGAGCGACUGAUGGCCAUGCGGACGCCGUGGCGGCUUCCAACGACGUCGAUCCUGAGGCGCAACAACGUGAUGGACGUCGUGCUCUACCUCGCCACGCUGCAGAAUCUUCUGCGCGGUUCGGGCCCCACACGCGAGGAGCUGCUCCAGCGCGUCGGGCGACGUCGGCGAGUCAACCAUGUCUUGGCGCAGCUCCGCGAGGCCGCGCACGUCGAUCCUGCGGCGUGCCCCUGGAGAGCGCCCCGCGAGCGGCGGGCGCUCCUUGACACUCAGAAGGAUGAGAAGGAAGCGAAGCAAGACGCGGGAGAUGGGAAUUCGAAUCAAAGCGCGACGACGCCAGAGGACGCCAAUGACGAGGGACGGGACCUGAAGGAGGCCGCGAAACGCACGCAGUUCAUGAUUGACUUGGUUGAUGAAGAAGAUGUAGCGGCGACGCGGAAGGAGUCUGUGCGCUUCCAGGGCCGCCAGCCCGACCCCGUGAGCCUGCCGCUGGCGAAUGGCUCGCCUUACCUCAUGGCCUCCAACCAGCAACGACUCGUCCGCCGCUUUCUGCAGAUGCCCUCGUCGCCGUCCAACGGCUGUUCCGGUCUCGUCGAAUUCAACAUUCUCUACGCCUUCAUCCGCAGCCAUAGGGGCCCGUCGUUUGCGGAAUUUCGAGCUCUCAAACAGAACACGGGCGCGGCUCUGCCGGGAGGCUGCCAGCAGUGCGACGGAGACUGUGCCCCGCUGGGGGCCUCGAUGCAGUUCGUUCUGGCGCAGCUCGACGACACGCCCCAGAAUGCGAGGAAGCGCGGGGGGCUGACCUGCGCGGCCGGCGUGUGCGAGGCGUCGGGGCUUCGCGGGCCGCGCGUCCCCGCGAACCGGCACGGGCCUUCCUCCGCGUGUGCCGGGGGAGACUCGGAGGAGGGGGCGGGUGCACGCCUCGCGCAGACCCUAAGUGCCGUGGAAGUGGAAGCGGCGAUCCAGCUUGUGACGAGGGCCGCGGAGAUCGCUGACGCAGCUGCAGGAGACAAAAUCAUCCCUGGAGCCUCGACUCCCGAUGGGGCGUCGGCGGACGUGUCUCCGGCCUCGACGCGGCGGCGCCCGGACCCGGCGACCGACAUCACCGCCGCCCUUUGGCGAUUCCUUGAGGAGGAGUCUCACGCGACGCAUGCGGGGCUAGUUGGCGCCGAGCGAGCCACGGGGCAUCAGCAAGAUGACGCCAACCGCCUGGCAGUCUCGGAGGUCCUCUCCGUCUUGUAUCCUUCCCCCGCCCUGUUCAUCAUAUGGGACAUUGUGCCGACAGCGGCGCCUGGGGCAGCGCCGGCGAACGUGUCCAGAGGGGUGGCUGCCUCCUCAGGGCCAGUUGCAGGCAGCGUCUUCGCCCCGGGAACCUCGGCGUUGUCCGCGGCAGGUCACCAGCCCCGUGGGAGCCCACACGCGAGCGCCACUGUGCCGUCCGCCUCGAUGCCUUCCGUCACUGCGGGGGCCCCGAGGCUGCGCGACGACUGUGGCGGGGCGUACCAUGGCGACGGCCUCUCGCCGCGGUCCCCGCAGGCCCCGCCGUCGGGGCUUGAGGAGUUCUACAAGCUGUUUCGCGAGCAAGUUCUGCGCUACCAAACGGCCGAGGUUGGGGCCCCCACGCUGCAGUUGCUUGUGCACUUUUGCUCCUCCAUCGCCUUUUGGCUGCAGCUUGACCGCUUCCAGCACUUUGGCGUGAUCAACCUCGACCCGGGGUGCGGGUACCAGGGCCUCCUGAUGCUUGCCUGCUCGGCGCUUGCGCACUCGAAACUGACGGCUGCUGAAGUGCUGCAGAUGCUGCGCGCCUCGUCCAUCGCCGCCCAAGACGGUGGUCAGUCCGGGCGCACUCUCCGCGGCGGCGCCGGCGCGGGCUUCCUCACGCAGAGAGACAGAGGAGACGCAGCGGGCGGGGCGGGCGGCCUCCCCAGGCAAACAUCGACGUCUUUAGCUGGCGCGCUGUCGACAACGAGGAAGCUCGGAGCAGGCGACAAGGGACGAUCCGUGGGUGCGGUCAAGAAGAAGACGUGGGGCGUCAUUUGCUGGCAGGACGCGGAGGAAUGGCCGCCGAGCUGCAGGCGCUACCUUCACUACUUCGAUCGCCUUAUCAAAAGAGGCGGCAUAGAGUAUGGAUUCCCCCUUAGUCCUGUGCCGGCCACGACGACGGAAAGCGACGAGCCAUCUGGCUCACGUGACAGGGUAGGAAACCAUCGAGCAGACGGAGCGACGGCUCUGGAUCCGUCGCCCUUGGAGACUGGAGGGCCCUCGGCGUCUAGCCCUGUCGCGCGCGACAUCGACGCGCCGAUGAAAAGCGGCAUUCCCGCGACGCCCUAUCGCCUGAAGAACAUCAUCAUGGAGAACUUCACCCCCCCUGCGGAACUCGUUUGCGUGGAGGUGUAUGAAAUUGCCCUUUGCUACGGCUGCAGGUGCCAGUCCUCACGGGCCCGUCUGCCGCCCUCGAGCUCUCCGAGCGCAUCAAUCGCCUCCUCGAAAAGGCCAGAUUCGCUUGGAAAUGGGGCGAGCGCUGCCUCACCGACCGCGCCAGCGCUGCCGCCGGAGACCCCUCGGGGCGGCGGCGGCCACAGGCAAUCGCGUGGGACAUCGGCGAGCACCCUGCUGUCUCCGCGUCUGAGGCUGCCCAAGAAUCCAUUCAAGAAACGCGGCACGUCCCCGAGCGGGAGGGACGGAGCAGGCGAACUGGAAGACGCGUGCGUUCAAAAUGCAUCGGGCACCGCAUUGGCGACGUCAGGAAUCACCACCACGAUGCACUCCAGCUUGUAUGCGCACCCUUACAUCAAAGCCCUCCGUCAACAAGAGCUGCUUUCUUCGCAUAAAGCGGGAAGGGGCGCGGGACUCCCUGACCGCAUCCCUCUCCUGCUGGAGCCGGAUGGACCGCUGGGCCAUUUGGCCCCCUGCUGCGUCUCCUCCGCGGUACCGCCGCCCGGCCUGUCACCACUGGCCAGCCAAGGCGAAGCGGAGGACCAGGUGAAGAACCAGGGAACGAAUAAGGAACAUGGCGGAGAGAAGUCCGCUCAGGAUGGGCCUGAGGCGCCCCAUUCCGCGACCGACACGGCAGCGGAUGGCUUGCCGAAGCUGGCCAUAACGCCGCCGUCGCCCGGCCUGGGUCCUGCGGGCGUCGGCGUCUCCGCAGGGGCUCCCUGGGGACGAACGCCGACAGCGGACGGGUCUGAAGAGACGCUCUGCUGCCCCGUCUGCUGUUGGGGGCGGGUCGGGGCGGACGGCGGCGGUGCCCCCGCAAGCCGUGGCGGGCCUUUCGAGGGAAGCGGCCGACACCGCGGAGGGCCGGGGAGCGUGGUGAGGGAGCAGUUUAUACUUCGGGCGUGCGUGAACAACUACCAGCUGAUGGCGGCGGACACGAUGGAGGGGGGGGAGACGUCUCUCGUCUUCGAUUUUGCGCACAAUCGCGAGGGCGACGACCAGUACCUCGUUCUCUCUGGCGACGUGCUUUUCGCGUUCCGCCAGCUGGCCGCAACGCCAAAACAGUCUACAGAGUCUGCAGAGGAGGGCGAGGGCGCACGUCCAGCAGACGAGGCCCAGAAGUCCCUACCCCCGGCGCGAGGUCAAAGCGCUGCGAGCCGGACCGCCGGCACCGCCCCCAAGCCCGAGAUGAAGUCGGCGACAAAACUCGAGUGGGGCACCGGUCAGCAAGUCUUCGCCACGUUCUCUUGCCACACAGGGUUCAUGGUCGAGGGCUCGUCGGACGUCCAGCAGCUGACGAAGGAGGAUUUGGACAUCUACGACUCCGCACAUCGGGAACUCAUUCCGAGUGGACUUCGCGUCUCUCUCAUUUUCGAGCCCGUGCGCCCUUCGCUGUUCGAGACGGGCCCCGCCAUCCGGCGACCGUCGCUUGCCUUGUCGCCCCCGUCGUCCCCAAGCAUGUGUUCAGCUGGCGAGCUGUCGCCCGCCCUCUCUUCGAGAAGUGGAGAUUCGGCCCCGGGGGACUUCGCCCUGCCGGCAGCGGUGGCCGCGACCCCGACCGCGAGCGGUUCCCCGGAAUCCCCCGGCGAGCCACCUAACGCGGAGCCCCUCCAGCCCGUCGCGGAUCCAAGCAGAGGGAGCUCGGCGUCGCCCGCCAGAAGGCCACCAGAAGAACUCCAGGCGGUACCGGACGAAGGAGGCGGAGAGAGCGGGUCUCAGCACGCGAGAGGACGAAAGCUGGACAGGGAAGCUGAGGCGCGAGGCCGGCACGGGGGAGGGGGAACGGGCCUCGGGGCCAUUGCGUCUUGGCUGGGGUUCCCCGGGAGCGGCGCUCCGCGUGCCGCUUCACGAGAGCCAGGCGGAAAGGAGACUGAUGUGGCGAAAGUGGACGAGGCCGCGAGCGCGCGAGGCGAGAGUGAAGACCUGCGCCCCAGGCCGAAGCCGCGAGAGAAUAGAGAGGCGAUCACGGCCUACGGCUCGCCGCGGUCACCGAGAAUGUCUCGAGACCAGAGGAGACUUCUGAAGAUGAUGCACGACCAACAAGUCAAGAGAUCGAAGGCGCGUGCCGAGGGCGACGCCGUCCGCCGAAGCGAUGCGGACUGGGAGUUGUGGAAGGCGUACGUCUUGUGGCGAGCUCAGCAGUGUGUGGGGAGGCCCAAACCAGACCGCCGAGAGUUCUGGAGACGCCACGUCGCUCACGUCGACCAGCUGCAACUCUGGCGACUCUCUCGGCUGACAAGCUGCGCGCCGGACAACUGCCUGGUGGCGCUCAAGGUCUGCUCCAAUGACGUGGCUGACGCGCUGACGUUUCUGUGCCUCCACUUCGCGCCGACAGACGCCUCCCCGCUUCUGCACCUCAGUCUGCCUUGCUUGGCGGGUCCUGGCCCCCGCCUGCCUUCCGAUGGAGUUCUCUCGGCGACAGCGCUGAGCGUGCUUGCCUCUAGCACCCAGUCGCAGGCCUGUUCGCUGCUGUCUUCGCUCUGCGCCAGCCGAGCCCCCCUGCGGCUUCGUGAUGCUGAUGCAGACGUAGCGGAGGCGGGGAGCGCCGCGCUGGCGGGCCUGGAGGCGGCACCGACUCCGGAGUCACUUCUGGGGCCCUCGCUGCCGGCAGGCGGGUUGCAAGACGUCCUUUCUGAGGUGCCGAGUGCGCUGGUGACGUCGCCCUCCGCAUCUCGUCUUUCAACUGCGUAUGGGGCCGAACGAAACUCGGCGCCGCUCGCAGAGGGUAUCCCGCCAGCAUCGACGGCCUUCCCCGCAUCGCCGACGCCUUCGCCGUUGCUUUCGCUCUCGUCGCUAGACGUGGACUCGUGUGCAGCGCAGCCGGAACGACGGAGGCCUGUGGCUGGGGACGCCGAUCAGACUGGACCGGCGGAGCUGAAUCUCAGUGUGGGGUCACAGGGGAUCCGGCUCCCCGGUCACGCCGAGGGGGAGACAGAGAUGCGGGCAUCGCUCGUAACGCGCUCGGUUUCCUCUGCUUCGAUUCUGUCCUCUAGUGGAGACUUCCCUGCCGGCGCUGCAGACGCGGCGGGCGACCACAUCCAAAGGGAGAACGGUGGUGGCCUUGCCGAAUUCGGCAUUCCCUUCGCAACGGAUCCAGCGCUCGGGGUCGCCGACAGCGCCGGCAUGGAGCCUGACGGCGCGCUAGGCUCGUUCGGGGGGCGGAGACGCCAGCGCCGAAUGGCCCCAGUGCCCCAGCGCCCAGGACAGCUGAAGCCGCCGCAAACGCCAUCCGCUGCAUCUGCGACGCCCCCUCGGCCGUCACGGGCGCCUAUCGCUCCUGCUGUGCCCGCGACCCGUGGGCUCGCUUUCGCAGGCACUGCCCCGCUGCCUAUUCGGCGGCUCCACACAGUGGGGCUCACAGCGGAUUUGCCGCAUCUUCUGCAGCCUUUGGGACAGCACUCGUCUGCGCUCGACUCCAUUCCGAGGUUCGGGGAGGGCCCCCCGUCCGCGACCGAAGGCGGGGCUGGGGCGGAAGCAUUUGCGCGUGCAGUGGGGCAGCAGUCUGGCAGCGCGGCCAGCCAUUGUGUCUCCUCUCUGACUGGAAGUGGAGGCCUAGGGUGGACGUUUGCAGGCGGGCGAGCUCGCACGUUUGCCGCAGGUAGGUGGCAUACGGAGGACGAGAUCCAGACUGCCGCGGCGCGCGACAGCGACCGCACAACAGACCAUUCCUUGGCUGGGAAAGCGGAUCUGAGCGCCGGGGGCAGCCGCGUUCCUUCUGGGGAGCAGGACGGCGGAGAGGCCGCUGCACGCGAGACGCAGGCCACCAUUCGCGUGGAUGCCAGCGAAGAAGGGAAGGAGACGUACACAGUGAAAUUGCCUUCGGGGCGUGUGGUUCGAUUCGCGAUCGACCCGCGGAGAGCCGCAAAUAACGAUGCCAUUUUCGUCCAGGCGUCGGAUGUCUCUCCGGCGGCUGUGGGCGCGGAAGGCGGAUCCACGGAUCGGGCUCCUGGAGCGACUGCGGGGACAGGGCCCGUGCGUGAGUUUGCUGCCAAUGAGGAGGAUGGUGACUCAACAGUGUCGGGAGUCCGACCCGGGAGCCAGCAGGUUGGUCGCCAAGGCCCAGCAAGGGAGCUCGCCUCUGCCGGAUGUGCAGCUGUGACGACGGAGGGUGGGGAAGGCGGUUCAGGGGACCUCAAUCAUGAGGCGAGCCCGCUGCCUACGAACCAGCUGGGAGUUGCGCGUUCGCAAGCCAUCUCCUCAGCGUCGACCGCACUGGGCGCCAACGCCGAAAUAUCGAGCACGAGUGGCCAACAGGCUCUUGAGAGUGCACAGAGAGCCGGCGGGGGGACUCAGGCCCCAGGGGCCGGACAGGGCCCACAACUGCCACCGGAGGAGAUGCGCGUGGCAGUGGCAGGCGGUGCGACGGAGACACAAGGCAUCGUGGACGGUGGCGUGCUGGGCAUUGGGUAUCGCGCGGAUGGCGCCCCUAUUCCCGCUGCUCAGGCAGGCGCCGCACUGCGGCCGCCACAGGCGCGAGAAGUGCCCGUGCCAGGGGCAGGCGGUCAUGCAGAAGGUGGAAUCCAGAGUGACCGCAUGACAGCGGGAGCAACUGCGACGGUGGAGCGACCAGGUGCCGGGGUGGCAGAUCUGGGUGUUCCUGCCGCCGGGCUGUUUGCAGGCCUUACUCCUGACGCUGUGUCGCAAUUGGCGGCUGAUGUACCGGGUUCUGACUCCGUGGCCAGGAGUGGCACUGAAGCAGGCAAAGGCGUCCCUGGAGCUGGACUUGGCCAGUUUGCUCUGCAUGCUUCCAUCAGGUCAUCGUCGCGUGUUUCUCCGCCUCGCACAGGCCUCGUUGGCGCUCGGCCGCCCCGGGACGCAGACGGCGCCUCCGCUAAUCACGGCGCAUCUUCUGCCGCAGCGCCGAACACAGGCAGCGAGAAGGGUGCGCUCCCUUCUGGUGCAUCCGAGUUCCACGGUAUUGUCGGUGCAUCGGCACACAUGGCGCCGAAUGACGAGCUCGGGAAGUUAGCGCAUGGGCAGGAUGUGAGGCCUCCUGCCGGGGUCACGGCCGCUGCUCCUGAAACUGUCCCCCUGGGACCUACAGGUGUCAUGUGCGCUGGAACGGCUGCGGGGCCAGCUGUCGGCUCCGCAACAGCCCCACCCGGGGCUCAGAGUGCCCCGGGUGGUGGUGCGGGUGUGAUUCCUGGUGGGGGGGCAGCUGUGCCCCCGGGGCACGAGCCUCUGGCAGCGCUGGGUGCUGGGGUGUCUCCACCGUCUGGUAGUGGGGUCCCUGCGGGUUUUGCGCUGGCGCCUCCUGACGGAGUAUUCCCCUCUGGCGUGGCUGCGAGUGGUGUGUCGCAACCCAGUGUCACGCAUCAGGCAUUGGCUGGGGGUUACCUCAUGAGCCAUGAAGCUACGCCGUCUGUCAGCUUGAGUGCUGUCCCUGCGCCCGAUGCCUUAUCUGCUUCGUCCGCGGGCCCGUUGCCCGUGGUCUGCGAAAGUGGGUCGCCCGUCGUCCUCAGUGGUGUAUUGCUUGCCGUCCCUAGUCGCGGGUCUGCUACAUCCUUGGUUGGUGGGUCUCCUGUUGUCCCCAGUGGGGGUUCGCCGGUCGUCGGGGGUGCCGGGUCACCGGUGGUCGGAGGCAUAGGGCCCGCAGUGACGACACCGCUUGCGCCGCAUGCAGCUUCCGUUGGAGGCGCCCCUAUGGCGCCUGCUGGUGACACCGCUGGACCUCAACCUGACAGCGUGCGGCUUACUUCUGGCGGAAGCGUCUCUGAGGCUGGCUCGGCGUCUAGGGCCGCCUCGGGCGCCGGGGGGCUGGGUCGCCAGGCGGUCCGACGCGGGAAGGGUCUCGAUCCACCUCUGACUCCAAUGUACCCCCCCAAUACCGAAGAAGAAGGCAGGUGCCCCACCUCCCCCGGCGAAGGCCCCCGUUGCAGGGGCAAAGCAACCGGGGGGGGGGCACCGGGCAAAGGCAAAGCACCGCCACUGCCGCCAAAGAAGAAGCCGCCCCCACUCGGCAAGGCUCCAAAGCUGGGCGGUCCACCGAAGGAAAAAGCCGAGGCUGUCGACCCUAAGACGCUGCCGCUGAAGAGACGCAUUCACUGGAAGACGCUCGGCAAGGAACAAAUCGAGGGAACGGUCUUCAAAGAACUGGAAGGAGACCCCGCCAUCCCAGACAUGUUUGAUCCGGAGGCGAUUUCGCGGUUGUUUUCGACGGCGCUCUCUGCCAAGUCCGUCGAGGCACUCGCCAAGGUUGGACCCAAGAGGCCGGAGGAGAAAAAAUUCACAAUCCUCGACAACAAGCGCGCCCAAAACGUUGCCAUCGUCCUCGCGAGGCUCCCUCUUUCGCUGGAAGAGCUGGCAAAGAAGCUCAUGUGCCUGGACACGGAGGGCCUGAACAUCGACAUCCUGCAGAAAGCCGAGCAAGUCGCGCCCGCGCCUGAAGAGCUAGCCAAGUUCCUUGAGUACGAGGCGCAGCGGCAGGCUGAGCCGGAGAAGACGCCCGAACUUCGAGAUGUCGAGAAGCGAAUGACUGCUCUCGUACCGCUGACGCGGCUUUCCUCGAGGGUCCGCAUCAUGCAGACGGCGUUGCAGUGGGAGAAGGUUGUCGAGGAAGUCGAAACGCAACUGGAUCUGCUUUGCAAGGCGGCAGAUGAGGCACACAACAGCCGAAAGUUCCGCAGUCUGCUUCAAGCUGUGCUGCAGUGGGGCAACUACGUGAACCACGGGGUCAAGAAGGCCCCCCAGGGCCACGGGCAUUCCGCAGAGUCACCGGAGACGGCUAGUCUUUCGCCCACGUCCCAGGCCGAUGGCGCGAAAGGCGGUGACGACCGCCAAGCCCUUCAGGAGUUGCCGCCAGUCAUGCUCGUUAAGGAGCUGCCGACGAAAGGUUUCAAGCUCGCGUCGCUGACCAAGCUCAUGGAGUUCAAAACCACGAUCGACAAGUCGAUAUGUUCUCUUCACUUUAUCAUCUCGAAUCUGAUUGUUUCUCUGCCUGAGCUGGACAUCGUCGAUCUGGCGUCGGACAUGCCUUCUCUCGACGCGGCAGCGCGCGUGUCAGAUGAGUCGGUCGACGCCUCAAUUACGUAUCUGCGUAAUGAAGCCGCUUUCCUCCUGUCUCAAAUCCACGCGCUGAAGCAUCCGACCAGCUCGUCUGACACCCUCCCCAAGUCCGCAUCAGAGGGCGCAGCCGGAAAGAGCGGUGAGCACACGCCCGAGGAGGCGGCAGCCCAGGCAGAGCUCACUCGGAUGCAAAAGCUUCACGGCGAGAUGGUGUUGGCGCUGGAGCGGCUCCGCGAGAAAUACGUGAACUGCAAAGAGGUCCUCAGCGAGGUGUCAAAGUUCUACGGCGAAGAGGGCCCGAAGAAGCCGGCAAAACCCAAGCCGAAGGCGCCGAGUGUCUCCAUCGAGACGGGGGCGCCCGGCGAGGUGACCCCACUGGGCGAGUGGGAGUCGGGGCUGCUUGAUCAUUCGCCGUUUGAGCUGCUGGCAGCCAUCCUCAAGACCUGCCGCCAGGGCCUGCGGGACGUGCAAGCGAAUCCGCGCAAGUACGCGAUUCUCCUCGUGGGCCGCUUUUCGUCCGAAGAGGAAAAGUGGAAGUUGCUGAAGUCCCACAUCGAGAACUCGGUAUCGAAUCGCAAGCGACCGUCCGGGCGGACCGGAAGCGACGUCGAGCAGGAAGGCGGAAAGGCCGGGGCGGGAGGCCACGACUCUCGCGCGUCGUCUCCGUGCGCGACGCCUCGCAGGGGCGCAAUGUCAAAAAAGGAACUCGACGCCGGUCGGGCCGCAACGCCGCCCAGGUCAAGAGACAGGGGGCCUGAUGCUGAGUUUGGGGACGGCUCUGCUCCCGAUCCCGCAUCGACGCGGCAACUGCCAGGCGGCGGAGAGAAAUCCCAGUCCGGCGCCGGCGAGGAUCGCCAUGACCCGGGGACUCUAGGGCCGGGCAACGCGCCUGCGCGAGGUCGCGCGAGCGACGGCCGAGGGAAUGGGGCAGUUCGCUCCAGGAGCUUUUUGUUUGGCGGCAAAAACAACGGCCUCAUCCCGCGGCGGCAGUCGUCCCUUCUUGACGGUCAGAACUUCCGAGACGACACGCAGGUGCGGCGAGGAGACAGUCCCCGGCUCGGCGCCUUGUCGGGCGACGACACGUCUCGCCAGACCAGCGGGGCGAAAACGGCACCGGCCCGCGAAGACCAGAAGGUAGCAGAGGGUCGGCGAGCCUCCGGACCCACAACUCGCCCUCUCCGGAUUUCAAAAAGCAGCAUCGCCUUGGUGUCGCGAAAUAGUGGCUUGGCAACGAGGAAGUCUUUGCCGCCGCUCGCCCCGGCGCGAUCCCCUCUCGCCAGUAGCGCGGAGAAAGCGACUUCAUCCGACGCAUCCGACCGGAAGGCUGAAGCUCUGAGGCGCCACGCGACUGCGCAGGCCCUUCUGAAUCGGCAGGCGUCGCAGUUUGCUGCAGGAAUCCCCUCGUCGACCUUGUCGUCCGGACUGCAAUCGCCGACCAGUGCGAGCUCGCUGGAGUCUCUCUCCGCCGCAACCCGAGGUGGAGACAGCAGUGGGCCGCCGACUCCACCUGGCGCCCUCGCCGGCGGCAAAGACCCGGCUUUGAAGAGCGGCCUGCCAGGGCGAAGCUUUCCGCACACACCACCGGCUUCGGGCGUCCGCAGGGCUGCGACAGCGGAGCCUCAGCCGAUCUCCCCUUCAGAAAGCAGGCCCACGGAGGCAGCGAGCGGAAAUGAGGGAGACGGACGGGGAACUGAAGGCAGGGCUAAGAUCAAGGCGAGCGAGAAGAAGACAGCGCCGCUUUCUAUAGCAAAGGAUGGUAGAGACGGGGAGCGGCAACGGGGAACGCGACGAACCGAGGAAGACAAGGCAGCUGGGAAGAUCGAACGACGGCAAGAAGGAGGCGACGCGCCGGCGAGGGCCCAGGGCACCUUUUUGAUGUCGGAUUCAAAAAGGUGUGCCCAUGAUUCUCUGCCUUCCACGCCGACGGGUAGCCGGCGGCGGGGGACGGUGCCUGCGUAUCACGCACCCCGCGGUAUUCGGUCUGAGCGACAGCGCUCUACGGGGCCGGUUGAAAAGACUUCGCGGGUUUUCGUGACGACUCCGCGAGUUCUGAAUCCUUCGCUGUCUCCGUUGGACGCUUUGCUGCCGGCAUUCUCCGACAUGGCUCUCGCGGCCAGCAUCAACAAAGCGCUGUUUGCAGACGAUUUAGAUUCACCUGCUGAACCCAGCGAGGGCUCAGACUCACCCCCCAGGCACGUCACUCUGUUUUCGCCGCGGGUCCCGUCUCCUCUUCCCGACGAGCGCAACAGGAACGCAGACUCAGGUUCGUCCUCUUCGUUCACGCCGUCUGCCAGCAGGCCUCAUCACUUCCCGUCAGGUAGGUCGACCCCGGAAUCUCCUCGGCUCGUCGAUGCGACUGCGCGGGAUUCCGGCGUGACUGGCGGGCCAGGGACCCAGGCAGGCCCGCCCGCGGUCUGCAGGGGGCCUCUCGCAUUCGUCCCCGGCGAUGACAGCGCUGUUCCCGGGGAAGGGCGCGGCAAAUCCGCCCCGUUCCAGAGAGGUGGCGUGCUGUUCACGCGGCCCACCAGCCUCAUCUCGAACGCCGCUCACGCUGAGCAAGAGAAGGCUUUUGGCACGGAUGUUUCUGCGUCGGAGGGACGACGGCCGUCGAGCAGACCUGGGGCAGAUGCGUUACCGCGCCUUCCUGGCGAGAUGUCGGAGGAGAAAGGAGAUUCCUCAGGCGUGGGGCCUGUUGUGCAGGAUCCUGUGACAUCUGCCGGUGAUGCAGGGGGGCGGAGACUGAAGAAGGGUAACUCACAGACGGGCGGAAGCUCCGGCGACUUGGAUCUCUUGGAAAUUAAAGUACUCCCUUCAACGCCUGUCUUUACUUGGGAGGGCGGGGGCGUUGUAAGUCACGCAGCAGGGGCGCGUGCGCCAGCCGUUCGACAGCGCCCCAUCGUCUGUCGGCCUCGACGUCCGCCGCCUCCGGUUGUCUUCGCGGGACUGUGGGGUCGAGGCAAAGCUACGACGGACGCCUCCGCAGCCGCCAAGAGGGCGCCUCGCUCCGCGGUUCAGAGGCUGCCCGCAGAUAAGGGCUAG